GCGGGGCGGACCCUCUUGGGCGGGAUGGAGCGUGCAGCAGCGGGGACGUGCAGUGGCCGUAUGCCCGGGUUCCUACUGGCCCUUCAGACCCGGAGCCGAGCUGAGGCGGCGCGGGCUCGGGUGCAGGAGCAGGACCUAAGGCAGUGGGGCCUGACAGGGAUUCAUCUACGUUCUUAUCAACUGGAGGGGGUCAACUGGCUAGCCCAGUGCUUCCAUUGUCAGAAUGGCUGCAUCCUGGGAGAUGAGAUGGGCCUGGGUAAGACCUGCCAGACUAUUGCUCUCUUCAUUUACUUGGCAGGAAGAUUAAAUGAUGAAGGACCAUUUCUGAUUCUUUGCCCCUUGUCUGUUUUGAGCAACUGGACAGAAGAGAUGGAGAGAUUUGCUCCAGGGCUUUCCUGUGUAACAUAUGCAGGUGACAAGGAGGAGAGAGCCCACCUACAGCAAGACCUGAAACAAGAGUCACGUUUUCAUGUGCUGCUAACUACCUAUGAGAUUUGCUUGAAAGAUUCAUCAUUUCUAAAAUCCUUCCCUUGGAGUGUUCUUGUUGUGGAUGAAGCUCACAGGUUGAAAAACCAAAGCUCCUUGCUGCAUAAGACACUUUCAGAGUUCUCAGUAGUCUUCAGUCUCCUGUUGACCGGAACUCCCAUCCAGAAUAGCCUCCAAGAGCUCUACUCCCUCCUCAGUUUUGUGGAGCCUGAUGUCUUUCCCAAGGAGCAGGUGGGAGAUUUUGUUCAGCGUUACCAGGAUAUCGAGAAAGAAUCCAAGUCAGCAAAUGAACUACACAAGCUCUUGCAGCCAUUUCUGCUGAGGCGAGUGAAAGCCGAGGUAGCUACAGAGCUUCCCAAGAAGACAGAGGUGGUGAUAUACCAUGGCCUGUCAGCAUUGCAGAAAAAAUACUACAAGGCCAUUCUGAUGAAAGACCUAGCUGCAUUUGAAAAUGAGACAGCAAAGAAAGUUAAACUUCAGAAUGUCUUGUCCCAGCUUCGGAAGUGUGUGGAUCACCCGUAUUUGUUUGAUGGUGUGGAACCAGAGCCUUUUGAAAUUGGAGACCACCUGAUUGAGGCCAGUGGGAAACUUCAUCUACUGGAUAAGCUCCUGGCAUUCCUGUAUUCCAGGGGCCAUCGAGUUUUACUUUUCUCCCAAAUGACCCAGAUGUUGGAUAUUCUCCAAGACUACAUGGACUACAGAGGGUACAGCUAUGAGCGCGUGGAUGGUUCUGUGAGAGGAGAAGAGAGACACCUGGCCAUUAAGAACUUUGGACAGCAGCCUAUUUUUAUUUUUCUCCUGAGUACCAGGGCAGGUGGAGUGGGCAUGAACUUAACAGCUGCAGAUACUGUUAUUUUUGUUGACAGUGAUUUCAAUCCGCAGAACGACUUACAGGCAGCUGCCAGAGCUCACCGGAUCGGCCAGAACAAGUCUGUUAAAGUUAUUCGGCUGAUCAGCCGAGACACUGUGGAGGAAAUAGUCUGUAGGAAAGCGGCCUCCAAACUCCAGCUCACCAGCACAGUCAUAGAGGGAGGCCAUUUUACUUUGGGGGCCCGGAAACCUGCAGCCGAUGCUGACCUCCAGUUGAGUGAGAUACUCAAAUUUGGUUUGGAUAAACUGCUGUCAUCUGAGGGGAGUACUGUGGAUGAGAUAGACCUGGAGACGAUCCUGGGAGAAACAAAGAAUGGCCAGUGGAUCUCUGACACCUUGCCUACAGCAGAAGAAGGAAUCCAGGAGCAGGAGGAAGGCAAAAACCAUAUGUACUUAUUUGAAGGUAAAGAUUAUUCCAAGGAACCUAGUAAAGAAGACAGAAAAUCUUUUGAGCAACUGGUGAACCUUCAGAAAACCCUUUUGGAGAAAACUACGCAAGAGGGCCGAUUACUCCGAAAUAAAGGCAGUGUUCUCCUCCCAGGCCUUACAGAGGGGUCUGCCAAAAGGAAGCGGAUUCUGAGCCCAGAGGAAGUGGAGGACAGAAGGAAGAAGAGACAAGAGGCAGCAGCCAAGAGAAAGAGACUAGUGGAAGAGAAGAAGAGGAAAAAGGAAGAAGCAGAACAUGGAAAAAAGAUGGCCUGGUGGGAGUCCAGCAAUUACCAGUCCUUCUGCCUGCCUUCUGAGGACAGUGAACCGGAGGACCUAGAGGGCAGGGAAGAUGAGGAGAGCUCUGCCCAGCUGGAUUAUGAAGAUCCAGAGUCAACGGCCAUCAAGUAUGUGAGCGGUGAUGUCACCCACCCGCAGGCUGGGGCGGAGGACGCGGUCAUCGUUCACUGCGUCGAUGACUCUGGCCGCUGGGGCAGAGGUGGUUUAUUCACGGCUUUGGAAACACGAUCCGCCGAGCCAAGAAAAAUAUACGAGCUGGCUGGGAAAAUGAAAGUGAAUUAGACAUCCAUACACAAACAAAAGCAUGUGUUGGGUCUUUUGGGACCUAGCACCUUCCUUCGAAGGACCCGAGCGGAGUCUUGCCCACCACCACCACCAGUAAGAGACAGACAAACCUCCAUACAGGCUGUGGAGCCAGCACAACUGCCUAGAUGCCUUUUGCCACUGUCAGGCAAAAAUCAGAUGAGUGCUGACCCGGGCAGGUACUCACGCAUGAGACAGAACUUGCAGGAAUCCAGCCUUCCUGCAGGAAGACUCCAGCACACCAUUGGAGAAGGGAAAAAAAGAGAAAAAAACAUGCGUCGAUCACAGUGGAGGUGGUAAGAGAAAUACUUCUGCUGCUGCUUCUCCCUCAAGGAAACCCUGAAUGGGCUGAUUUAUCUGGUGAAGGUGACCUGUCCUGUGGGGGGAAAGGAGAGCAGGGAGAAUGCUCCUGGCUGUCCCAGCCAAAUGGAACACCGCUGGAGAAACCCAUUUCUCUCCACCAGCACCCAGAGUACUAAGGUGGGAGCUCUGUGACUGGGAGGAAGCAGAUCAGAACUUCAAACGGUGUCAGAGGGAUUGGCUCAGGAGGAGGUUCACCCACAAAUCUUGGAGUACCACACCCAAGGUUCUCCCUGCUGGGUCUGCAGCUUCCCCAAGACACUGAGUGCGAAACUCCACUUCCUCUCAUUCUGCUGCUAGCUUUUUGUGCAAGCUCCCGAGUGUGUCUGGUAGAUUGGGAGCGCACUCAGAGCAGGCUCUGGUCGUUGGGCAAGGAAAAACCAUAAACUCUAGCUAUUGCUUUUCUAGAAUGCUGUUUCCAAUAGCCAGCCUGGUGAACUGUAACAACCAAAGGUAACACAAGGGCUUAAAAAUUUGGCCCCAAGAGAGAGCAAGAAGAGUGGCAGGUAUACCUCACAAACACAAGGAAUAUCUCAGAUAGUAACAAUACCACAGAACAUAAAACCAUCUGCUGAAAGCAGCGAGCACAGAAUUAAGGAUGUAUCUGCUACUUCAAAUGCAAAAGCAGCAAUGCAUAACUCUGGGGAAUGUAAAAAGUCUGGGAAAUACGGCAUCACAGCAAGAAAAUGACAGUUCUCCAGCAAGUGAGCUCAAAGGCACAGAAUAUUGCAAUCUAACUGACAGAGAAUUUAGAAUAGCAGUUAUGAAUAAACUCAGUUACAAGAAAACUCAAAGGCAAUUCAUUAAAGUCAGGAGCAAAACAUACGAACAAAAUGAAUUCUGUUACAAAGAGAUUGAGAAUGUAAAAGAGAACCAGACAAAUUCUGGAGCUGAAGAAUUUGAUGAAUGAGGUAUAGAAUAACAAUAGAGAGCAGCUGUGGAGGGCUGACCAGAUGGAAGAAAGAAUAAAUGACUUAGAGGAUAGCAAUUUAGAAAUAACACAGAAGAGGUU